AUGUGACGUCAUUGGAAAGCGUCGCUUUUCGGGAACCACAUGUCCCGGCGCUCCCCGCGGGGGGGGGGUCAAAGGUGAAGUGCAAGAUGGCGGCGGACGCGGAGCAUGGGCCGCUGGAGGAGGCGGUGGAAGAGCCGCGGAGCUUCAAGGACCUGGGAGUAACAGAUGUGCUGUGUGAAACUUGUGACCAGUUGGGAUGGAAGACACCAACUAAAAUUCAAGUUGAGGCUAUUCCUGUGGCUCUCCAAGGCCGGGAUAUCAUCGGGCUGGCAGAGACAGGCUCUGGAAAAACAGGGGCCUUUGCUUUGCCCAUCCUGCAGACACUGCUGGAAACACCCCAACGCUUCUUUGCUCUUGUCCUCACACCAACCCGAGAGCUCGCCUUCCAGAUCUCGGAGCAGUUUGAAGCUCUUGGAUCCUCCAUUGGCGUCCAAAGUGCGGUUAUUGUAGGUGGAAUUGACAUGAUGUCACAGGCUCUGACCUUAGCCAAGAAGCCACAUGUUAUAAUUGCAACACCUGGCCGUCUGAUUGACCAUCUGGAGAACACAAAAGGUUUCAACUUGCGAGCUCUUAAGUACCUGGUUAUGGAUGAAGCUGACCGGAUCCUCAACAUGGAUUUUGAGACCGAGGAUUACAUUCACCGUGUGGGGAGGACGGCUCGAGCUGGACGGUCUGGCAAAUCCAUCACCUUUGUCACUCAGUAUGAUGUGGAACUAUUCCAGCGCAUUGAGCACCUCAUUGGCAAGAAGCUGCCUGUAUUCCCCACACAGGAGGAGGAGGUCAUGAUGCUAACAGAGCGUGUGGCUGAAGCCCAGAGAUUUGCUCGUAUGGAGUUGCGGGAGCAGGGAGAGAAAAAGAAGCGAUCCCGGGAUGAGGCCAAUGAUGAUGAUGACACAGAGGGAGCUACAGGUGUCAGGAACAAGGUGGCUGGUGGGAAAAUGAAGAAAAGGAAAGCCCGUUAGCCAGAUACUUAGACUUCUGUCCCCUUUGAGUUUACAUGGGCUGGGGCAGUACCUACCACACAGUAUUUCCAUCAAACCUGAAGCCUCCAGAACUACACUUGUAAAUGGCAAGCCAGUUGGAAAGAAAUUUUCCAUCAUGUCUGCGUCUCCAGCACCGUCUUCAGUCAUAGGGUGAACCUGCACCCUGGUAGUAUGCUGGAACCCGUCCUCCUACUCAGGGUUGGUAUCUGUUCUAAUGCUGGGCUGUAAGCGGGAGUCGUCUCCUGCAGCUGGACUGUCCCCUGGACCUGGAAGCAACAGUCUCCUGGCAAAACCCAUUUUUAUAGGGAUUAAAUGGGAAGUGUUGGCCUAUGGAUACCUUUUCCCCCAAUCAUGCUGCAGCCUAUCAUCACUCACCAUCCAAACCUCAACGAGUGCCUCUUUAUAAGACAAUUGGAAGGAAGAAGAAAACUGAGAAGCACCUUAAAUUUUCCAGAGUAUGCAUAUGACGCUCCAGGAUGGGAUUCUCGCCUUGAACAGAGACACUCCUGCUGGGGCAAAAACUCCAAAUAUAUUUUGCUUAACCACAAA